UAGCGCAAAAAUCAGUCAUCUGAAAAGAGAAUAAAUAAAAAAGGAAAACAAAAACAAAUCCCUAAAUCCCCAAAUCGUCCGCGGCAGCUGUUGCGUCUUCAUCCACCGCCACGACCACCGGAAUAGGGCGGCUCGCCGCCGAUCCUGACAUCGGCUCAUUGUGAUUCGUGUUUCUGUGCCCGUGAAGAAAUUCUAGAGAUAUGGAAUGAGUGAAUGCAGGUUCCUAGAGUAAGACAAUGGCCGGAGCUCUAUCGUCGUCGUGCAUCUUCUGCCAAAUCACCCGUGCCUCGACCCCGGCCACCAUCCUCCACCAGGACGACAAGGUGGUCGCGUUUCAGGACAUCAAUCCGUCUGCGUUAAAGCAUUAUCUUGUCAUCCCGGUCGAGCACAUACCGACUGUGAAGCAGCUCCGGAGGAGGGCCGAGGACUUUGCUCUGGUCAGCAACAUGCUGGAUGUUGGCCGGGCUCUGUUGGAGAGAGACGCGCCUCACGCUGAGCAGUAUAGGUUCGGGUUCCACCAACCCCCCUUUAACAGUGUCGACCACCUCCAUCUGCAUUGCUUUGCACUUCCAUAUAAGCCCCGAUGGAGAGCUGUGAAGUACUUGUCUCUAGGGCCGUUUGUGGGGUUCAUCGAAGCGGAGAAGCUGUUGGAGAGGAUAAAGCCGGCGUCUUCUCUCUGAGGCGCCCGGUUACGGCUUCUGUGGAUGCUACUCAGUGAACUGAUUCAUAUAUUGGAAUUGCUCUAUAAUUUACUGGUUUUCUUGAAUUGUUGUAGUCUUGAUUUUAGCAUAUGUACACAGAUUACAAUUAUUUUUGUCAAUUAGGACAAAUAUUUGACAUUUUAUUUUGUAGAAAGCAAUGAUCUCUCAUUGAAA